ACGAUAUGCCAUUCCGUAUCAUUGACGCUCACGAUUCAAAAGUCGGAGUGGAUAACCCCUCGAUUGGCGAUCCUUUUAGAAAUUUCCUUCUCGCAGACCAGACCUCUUGAUGACUAUCCCUUCCGAAACAUUCAAUAAUCCCAUGGUCCCAAACCCGCGUAUAUUCUGGUCAGAGGUCUUGAUUCCUGUUGAGUUCAAGAAGUCCAAGAAAUCAGAAAAACAUGGUGAGGAUACCGAAUUAUGCGAAGAUCCCCCUAUGAAAUCGGUACAAAACUAUCUGGAUCCAAGACUCAAGGCCAUAACCGUCGAGGACAUGUCGUUCUCCGGGUCCUCCCUCACUAGAACACGUAACCACUCGCGAGAGAGGCUAAGACAUAGCUUCUUUAGUAGCACCCAAGCAAGCAAGACCCCUUUCCGCCUAGCCGAUGUGCUGCGUAAGGAGGGCACACCGGAAAGGCCUUUAAACCAUGGGUUCUCGUAUGCAACAUCUAUGCACUCCGCCAGCGCAUCGUAUAGUACUGGGAAAACGCUCUCAGACCGGGCACAGCUUGCAGGAUAUGCGGUUGAAGUCUUUUCCGCAAGCGGUCUCAGGCGGCACGUACUUGGACUUUUUAUAGAAGGCACAAACUUUGAGCUGUGGUACUUCAACCGUUCAGGCUCCUACGGGAGCACUCCUAUACCAUUUGGAGAGAACUUCAGGAAUCUUAUAAUGUUUCUGUUAAUACUGGGGAAUGCUAGUCCUGCUGAGCUUGGAUUCGAGCCGUUCAUCCACCCGCCGUCUACAAGUGAUGUGACAAAUAGUACACGGAAACUGAAACGGGGAGAAAAAGAAGGUUUCCUACGAUCUGCAGACAGAGCUUACUUUGUGAUCAAGGGAAAGACUUACGUUAUAAGAGGAGAAAGAAUCAAUAGAGGAAGAAGUAUAAAGGGGCGUGGAACAAUGGUUUGGGCCGUCGAAGAGGUCAAACAGCACAAAGCCGUCACAGUCGUUGGUGGCAUGGUCGUAAAACUCUCCUGGCAGCUAUCGCGACGCAGAUCGGAGGUCGAGCUGCUGAGAUUCAUCAGGGAAAAAGGGGUUACUAAUGUGCCUGAGGUGUUCAACCACGAUGAUCUUGAUUCGCUCGCUGCUGGAGCCCACGGCCGUGUUCAACCUCUUGUAAAGGAGGAGCAGAGGAGAGCAGCCGAUUUUGACAAUCGCAUCCUUCGAGCAAUAGUCCUGGGCCCGCGAUUACGUCCGAUCACUUCUAUUCCCUUUGGAGACUUCAGGGCGGCAUAUCGUGAUCUGGUCGACAGUGAGUUGCAAUUAACCCAGAAUAUCCACCCUACCGAUCUUUGUCGCUCACUCUCACUUAGUCCAUCACGAAGUUUACACCAAGUCUCGUCUUCUUCAUCGAGAUAUUCACCCUGAGAAUCUCAUGGUCCAGGAGGUCUUUUCGGAUGGCAAAGGCCAAUACAAAGCAUAUCUGAUUGAUUUUGACUUCGCAAUCGAGGCUGGAGCUCGGGAACCCGGUUUCUCCCCUACCCAUCGGACCGUCAUUACCCCAUUCCUAGCAUUGGAGCUGACGACAGAGUCGGAGCAUCGUCCCCGCGCUUUGUAUCGGCAUGAUCUCGAGUCCUUCUUCUGGACGUACUGGUGGAUUGCAAUAUAUUAUGGUGGAGACUUUCGGCGUCCCCUAAAGCGCCGAAGGUUGUCGUCUUCCAGGCGCAAA